AUGGCCGAGUCCACAGACCUCAGCCUGUUUAAUGUUAACUCAAAGCAACAGAUGACGGUCUGGGAAAAUGGGACUGGGGUAGAACAGGUACAAUCUACAGAUGCAUGGUUCAACAUCAACACUACCACACCAGAGACUCACAUCCAAGGUCUGGCCGCCUCGUUGCCCAUCAUUGUCGUCCUAUCCGUGCUGUUCUUUAUCAUUGUAGUUGUUGGUAUUGUCGGCAACUGUUUGGUGGUGGUUGUAAUCGUGAAAGACGUCAAGAUGCGGCAGUCAGUCACCAACUUGCUCAUCAUCAACCUGGCCCUAGCUGACCUCACCAUAAUGUUGCUGGGGAUCCCCGAGAUAAUCCUGUUCAUGGUCAACCGUGGCUGGUUGCUGGGAUCGGUUGCUUGUCACGUGAAUCGCUUCAUCAUGGUGGCGUCCCUUUACUCAUCGGUGAUCUCCCUUGCUGUGUUAUGCAUUGAGAGGUUUAUAGGAAUUGUCUUUCCCUUGAAAGUCAAUGAACUUUGCACCAGGAAAAAGACCAUAAUCUCCAUCAUCAUCAUUUGGACAGUGUCCAUCUUCUGUGGCUUGCCCGUGGCCAUCUUCAACCAGACAGUCCCAACAGCACCAAAUAUCAAACACUGUCUGACAGUGUUUCCAGACAACAACCUUUCGCAGUUGUACAUUAUCUACAAGUACUCAGAGUCCGUCUUGUUUUAUUAUCUUCCCAUGGUCAUUCAGAUCAUCCUGUAUUCCAUCAUCGCAAAGCGGCUCUACGCCAGCAAUGACGAGCUCAGUAAUCAGUUCAAAAUGAGAUCAACUUGCAACCGUCGCUAUGAUUCCAUCAGCGAUACCAUGAAGGCUCGCCGCGGAGUCGUAAAGAUGUUGAUUGCCAGCGUACUUCUAUACUUCAUCAGCUAUUCCCCGAUACAAGUGCACAUCAUCUACAGUACAUUUGCUCGUUCCUCCUUUCUAGAGAGCUGGGACUUUUUCGUCUUUGUGAUGAUCGUAACCCAUACCAACUCUGCAGCGAACCCACUUCUAUAUGCCAUUUUCAGCCAGAACUUUAGGCGCCAUUUCAUCCGCUGUUUGUGCUCGUGCUGUUCACGUCAUCAAUACGCCAGAACGAGGCUGGACUCUCAAGAUUCCCGCCAUAUAUCCACGCGCUCGUCUACAACCAGUAAAACUUAUGUAUCCAGACUUUGA